UUGAAGUGAUCCAGUUCGUCAGACAGCACAGACCACGUUCGCAAUGCAAUCGCUGGUGGUGUUCCUCGCCGUGGCCGCCGUGGCGCGCGCCUCCCUCCUGCCGCUGGCGCAGCCCGCGCACCAUCCCGCCAUCGUCCUGGACCCUCACGGCCGCCCCCUGGACACCGCCGAGGUCAUCGGCGCCCGCGCCCUCCACUACCAGGCUAAAGCCCUGGAACCCCACGGCCACAUCGCUCACGCUGCCAUCGCUGCCCCUAUCGCCCACGCCGCCAUCGCCCAUGUCGCUCCCGCAGUAAUCGCCGCCCCCGCCGCCGUGUCCCACCAGUCCCGCGUUGACAUCAGCCAUAGCCCGGCCAUCGUGUCCCACGCCGUUCACGCUCCGGUCUACGCCGCCGCUCCCUCCGUCUCCGCGUGGGGCGCUCACGGCCUCAGCGGCCUCCACGCUUCGCCCCUCCUAGCUCACAGCCUCCACAAGCGCUCCCUGGGCCUGUGGGGAUCCCACGCCGCCGUCGCCGCCCCCGUCGCCCACGCCGCCGUGAUCGCCGCCCCCGCCCACGCCGUGUCCCACCAGUCCCGCGUCGACGUGCACCACAGCCCGGCCAUCGUGUCGCACGCCGUGGCCGCGCCCGUGAUCUCGCACGUGGCCGCGCCCGUGGUCGCGCACGCGCUCCCCGCCGCCGUGUCCCACCAGUCCCGCGUCGACGUCCGCACCAGCCCCGCCGUGGUCGCCCACAGCGUGGUCGCCGCGCCCAUCGCUCACGGCGUGCAUGUAAUCGCCGCCCCCGCCGCCGUGUCCCACCAGUCCCGCGUUGACAUCAGCCAUAGCCCGGCCAUCGUGUCCCACGCCGUUCACGCUCCGGUCUACGCCGCCGCUCCCUCCGUCUCCGCGUGGGGCGCUCACGGCCUCAGCGGCCUCCACGCUUCGCCCCUCCUAGCUCACAGCCUCCACAAGCGCUCCCUGGGCCUGUGGGGAUCCCACGCCGCCGUCGCCGCCCCCGUCGCCCACGCCGCCGUGAUCGCCGCCCCCGCCCACGCCGUGUCCCACCAGUCCCGCGUCGACGUGCACCACAGCCCGGCCAUCGUGUCGCACGCCGUGGCCGCGCCCGUGAUCUCGCACGUGGCCGCGCCCGUGGUCGCGCACGCGCUCCCCGCCGCCGUGUCCCACCAGUCCCGCGUCGACGUCCGCACCAGCCCCGCCGUGGUCGCCCACAGCGUGGUCGCCGCGCCCAUCGCUCACGGCGUGCAUGGUGUUCAUGGUCUCCACGGAUGGUAAACGGCAAGAACUGACGAACUACCAAAAAUAUAAAUUUAUAUUAAAGUAUUUAAAAGGAAA